UGCCCAAACAAUUUGCAAUUUGGUGCUGAUUGGUGGUUUGUCAUUUUCACAGCCGAAAUCUUAGGCUGACCUUUCGUGAGAUUGUGUAAAGCAAAGCAUUAGCAUGCUCUCCUUUGUGUUCGUUCAAUUGGCAAUUGCCAUUACCUUCCUUUCCUGUUUUACUGCCCGCCUUCCCUUUUUCUCCCUCUCCCAUGUCCUUCUUCUCCAUUCACUUCCCUUUCUCUCUCUCGGUGCGAUUCAAUUCGUGCCUUCCCCUCUUUUACUAAUACCCCAUUUCCCCUUCGAUCCUUCUCCCCUCCUCAAUCCAACCUGAUUUCCUCCGAUUGUUCUUCACUGCCGCUUCUCUCAGCUGCCCAACUGCGUUUUCGAUGCUUUUUCCAACUCGGCGAGUUUGAAUUCCAGGGAUACCCACCCAUUCUUCUCGUCUCCCCUUAUAAUGGGAAGGGUUAAGCUCAAAAUUAAGAAAUUGGAGAGCACUGGCAGCAGGCAGGUCACUUUCUCCAAGAGAAGGCAUGGCAUUAUGAAGAAAGCUCGAGAACUCGCCAUUCUCUGCGAUAUUGACAUUGUUCUCCUCAUGUUUUCGCCCACUGGAAGGCCCGCGUUCUACCAAGGUGAACGCAGCACCAUCGAGGAGGUCAUUACAAAAUUUGCUCAAUUGACUCCACAGGAGAGGGCGAAAAGGAAACUGGAGAGCCUUGAAGCGCUGAAGAAAACAUUUAAGAAGUUAGACCACGAUGUAAACAUAAAAGAUUUUGUGGGUUCAAGCUCUCAAGAUUUUGAGCAGGAAUUGACCAAUGAAGUUAGCAUGUUGCGUGAUCAGAUUGCCGAAGCACAUAAGAGACUGAGUUAUUGGAGGAAUCCUGAUAAUAUCAACAAUAUAGAACAUCUGCAGCAGAUGGAAGAUAUGAUAAGGGAGUCGCUAAACCAAACACGUCUACACAAGGAAAAUUUAAGACGACACCAACUACUGUCACAAGAGUUCACUAGCCAGCUUCAGAGUGGGAUGUCUUUACCUUUGAUAAUGGACGAAAUGCAAGCCGCUCAACCCCUGUUAUGGCUUCCCAACUAUGGCACUCAACAGAUUACAUUACCAAAUGAUCCUAACUUUCUGCAACCAGGAGAUGUUGAAUGCUCCAUGGCUACAUCGUUUCCAACCUAUCCCAGUUACUUCAACCCUGGGAAGCAAAUUGAAGUUGGAAUAUCUGGGCCAGUUGAUAGCUUGCCACAUGGUGAUGGUGCUUUAAAUGAAUUAAGUGGAACUUCUUGCUCAACACUGCAACUUGGUGAGCAAUAUACAUAUCCUACAUGUGAUGGUUCCAACUUCCAAGAUGAUAAGAGACUGAAGCUUGAUAUGGAGAUGAACCUACAUGCCAAUUGUGUGGAGAAUCAACUAAAUGGCAAGUUGGAGCUCUCUAGAUCUCUAUUUGAUAAUGAGCAGCAUCAUUGGGCUUCUAUUCCGGGGUGUAGCAUUCCUAUGUACCAAAGCAAUGGGUACCACCAUGUAGGUUCUCUUUUAACUGCUUACUAUAAAACUUAACAAAGUCCAGUUCAUUUAAACUUAUUGGACUUUCUGUCCGUAUUUGUAUUUCAAAAACAUUAAAGAUGUUUUAGACAUUAAUAUACUAUCCCUGCUUAAUUAGGACAGAACUAUUUGUAUUCCAUGUACCAAAGCAGUGCAUAUUGCAUACCACCUGUCUUGUCUGAUAACCUCAGGCAUUUGCCUCCCUUACAAGAGAAAACCUCGCAGCUCCAAAAGCUCUGAAUUGGGAUUCAUUUGCCUUACCAUUUAUCUGAGACAUGAUAGUUUUGAAUUCCUUAGCCUCUUGUAGUGACUCAGAAUGGAUAAUAUUUUCACUCAUUUCAGUUUUUAUUAUUUGAUAUGAACUCUAAUAUUUAUGUUUCAAUCCUUUAACGAUUC